AAGGACAUAUAAAAAGACAUAAAAAUGUAUUAGUGACAUCAACACUACAGUGAUAUAUCCGUACUAAGGCUUGCAUUUUAAGCUGCAUCAAGUAAAGGUGUAGGCUACUGCCUUAUACAAAGUUUAGAUUCAAGAAUGAACUUUUCAUUACUCCGGACAUGGAAUCUUAAUAUUCACAACUCUAUAAUAAGGACUUUGAAAACUGGGCCACUGUAUGUGGUUCUUCUCAUCUUAUGCUGUAGAAGCAAUGCCACAAACACAAAGCCAGAUGUGUAUUUAAAUGAAUGGGCUGUUGAGAUAUAUGGUGGGAAUGAUGUGGCUGAUGAAGUUGCAGCUGCACAUGGCUUCGUUAACCAUGGACUGAUAAUGAAGAGCAAAGAUUUUUAUCGCUUCUCUCAUCCAAAGUUAAAAAAGAGAUCGUUGGAUUCUUCGUAUGAACAUCAUCAAAAUCUUCUAACAAAUGAAAAGGUGACGUGGGCAGAGCAACAACGUUCGAAGCGGCGUGUAAAACGAGAUCUUAUCGAUUUCGAUCCGAAUACUGGUCCAAAUGACCCCGAAUGGUCCCAGAUGUGGUACCUGGUGCCAACAACGAUACCUAGCAUGAGAGUGGUGGAAGCUUGGAAUGAAGGAUACAGCGGCAAGGAUGUAUCAGUGACCAUCUUGGACGACGGGAUCGAACAUAGUCACCCAGAUCUUCAUGCAAACUACGACCCGUUAGCGUCAAGUGACAUCAACAGCCACGAUGACGACCCGGCCCCGCGGCUCAAUCCAUCUAAUGAAAACAGACACGGGACUCGGUGUGCUGGUGAAGUAGCCGCUGUUGCCAACAAUGGGGUGUGCGCUAUUGGAAUAGCUUUUAAUGCGAAAAUCGGAGGGGUUCGCAUGUUGGACGGUGAGGUAACCGAUGCGGUGGAAUCCGCAUCAAUCGGGUUAAGACCGGAACACGUCGAUAUUUACAGCGCCUCGUGGGGUCCUGACGACGACGGCAAGACCGUGGAUGGUCCAGCUAAAAUGGCGAAGUUGGCAUUCGAACAUGGUGUAAAUCAGGGCCGAGAAGGUAAAGGUUCUAUCUUUGUGUGGGCAUCGGGCAACGGUGGAAGACACCAGGACAACUGUAACUGCGAUGGUUACACGGAUAGUAUCUACACCUUAUCUAUAAGCAGCACUACUCAAAGAGGCACAAGACCUUGGUAUUCAGAGGCAUGCUCCUCCACAUUAGCUGCGACAUACAGCAGUGGUCGUUCUGGUGACAAACAAAUCAUAACAACGGAUCUCCGGCACGGAUGCACGAACACUCACACCGGUACAUCCGCCUCCGCCCCUCUGGCUGCAGGAAUAUGCGCACUUGCGCUUGAAGCGAAUCCAAAUUUAACAUGGAGAGAUAUGCAGCAUCUGGUUGUAAGAACUGCUAAACCUGAUGGUUUAAGUGUGGAUGACUGGCAGCAGAAUGGAGUUGGAAAGAGAGUGAGCCACGCUUUCGGUUAUGGCCUAAUGGACGCUUACGGCAUGGUGACGUUAGCAAGGAAUUGGACUAAUGUUCCACAACAAAACCGUUGCAACAUAUCAGUCAUCUCACCUGAAGAAACACCAAGGAUCCUGAGAUCUACUGAACCACUUCGAGUAAAUGUUGAGGUGCUUGUCGGUUGCCCGAAUGGCGAGGCAGUUGAGAGACUGGAACACGUACAAGCCGAGUUAACACUGCGGAACGAACGCAGAGGCGACCUUACAAUCCUGCUUACAUCACCUAUGGGUACUACCUCACAACUCUUGGAACCGAGACGGAAUGAUAUCUCUGCUAGAGGAUUCACUAAAUGGGCUUUUAUGACAACACACUCGUGGGACGAAGACCCGCGUGGUACUUGGACACUGGAGAUACGUGACCGCAAUCAACGACCAGUAUCAGGUGUGUUUCGACCGGGAGCGCCCCCUAUUGAGCACUACGAAGGCACAUUGUCCUUAUUCAACCUUGUACUGUAUGGAACCAGUGAACGCGACUGGCAACAUUCAACAGCACCAGUAUCAUCAUCAUCAACAACAACAACAACCACUCUUGAAGCUCCGGUUGAAGGCUCGACGACCCUCCCACCACCAACCACCAUUAAAACCACCACGACCACCAUAGCAGCUCAGGGAUUAAGAAACUGCAAGACCCCCCUUUCGUCCGGCAAAGGUUGCACGGUCUGCGCGAGGGGCUCGUACCUCAACCCUGUGACCCAUGCGUGUCUCAGUGCGUGUCCUCCCGGUCAUUACGAAGCGGAAGAACGUGUUGAAGUAUCUGUGGUGACGAAACCGCGCGGAGUUAUUACCCCGGAGGAGAUCAGCGAGGAAUCGAGUUUCGAAGACGAGGAACGAUUUUCUGGCUAUGUCUGCCGACCGUGCGCCUCGCUCUGUCACAAGUGCAACGGUGCUAAAACUAGCGAUUGCGUUCAGUGUGUGGCUGGAGCACAGUUCCGGCUUUCCGACAAUGCGUGUAUAGACAAAGGUGUUGGAGACCCUGCUCACCAACACAAUACUCCUGCCUCCAUAAACACAGGUUCAAACUACAUGUUCCUGGCUAUUCCAAUGGCAGUGAUAGCCUUUAUUGGAGUGUUUAUAGUUUGCCAAUCCCGCACUCGUCCGAUAUCCAACUGCUUAAAGGGCUCCAAGACACAGUACAAAUACCUACCUUCGGGAGACGGGGCGCUGCAAGACCUUGAGGAAUAUCACGACGAAGAUGAGAUACCACCUGUUACAACGCGCACAACUAAGGACGAACCGAACGUUCAUCAAAACGGUUACUCGAGGAUUCAACUGAACGGUUAUACGAGUUCAAAAUUAAACGGCACGCAGUAACGUGAAGCACAUUUGCAGCAAACCUUCCUAUCGUUAAUCCACAACACACUACGCCGUUUCCCAACAGUUGGGAAUUUAAAACCCGUUCAAAUACCACAGACACACGUUUGUUGUUUAUUUCUCGUGCAAUAUUAGCUAACAGCGCUCUUUCUUCGCGGACUUAGUUUUAAAUCGGCGAGUAUACGAACAAACCCCUAAAGUGUUACUUCGGCGAACUGCCUACAACUGUCGAGCUACUUGCGCAGUAACCAUCACCACGGGUUGGGUUUUUACAAAUGUACCUUGACGUAUCUACAACGAUGCGAAAUGUUGGGUGUGGUAAAAUCUUUUUCGCUAAUUCCAAGCACCUACGCUGACAUGCAGCACUAUGCAUUGUGAUAUAUAUAUACCGUUCGCACAUGUAUUUCUCGCUUAACAAAACCACGUUUUUUUUUCCACGGCCACAAUCGUCGCCUAUUUAUUUUCGUUCUUGUACCCCAGUUGCCUUACACAUAUAGUACCUGUUAUAUGCAGUUGGUGUCCACAGCCAAACUGCGAAGGUAGUUUGAAUGUUCCUCGCUGACGUUUACUGCAGUCACCCACGCACUUACCCGGUAACAGAAUUUAAAGGCGUUUUUUAACAGACCCAUUCAAUGUAAUGUUUUAUUGUGCUGUAGUUUUGACCUAGAUGAAUUUCAAUCAUUUUUUCAAUUUCCAUUUGUACAUAAGCUUAACUCUGUCUUACUGUUAUGUACUGGAGUGCUUGAUCGCUAAUUAACAAGAACGACAAACAAACAAUUAAAAAUAAAAUUUUAAAAGCAACACCAUCAUUUUUAAGCACUAAGCUAUACAUACAACAAAUAUAAAUAGAUAUCACGAAAAAUAUAAAUAGAUACCACGACCAGUACAUUUUAUUAUGCUUAUUAAUACCCGAGUUUAGGUGGGUGAAGUGUUUUUUUAAAACUACAUUACAAUCCAAACGUUUCUGUUCAGCACGAAUUACACGUUGUUAUAUCGAUCAAUUACUGUCUUUCACCUCGUGCAAGCCGCUUCGAAAUACACACUUUAUUUCACGA